AUCUUCAUACAAACACUUUUUGUCCGGCCUCAAAAUUUAUAAAGAAUCUCAACAAUUUCUUGUCUAAAUUUAAAGUUCUAAACGUACGUUAUCGAUAAAUGAAAUUCUAUUAUCCAAAUUUUUAUUGACAAAGUCAUGAACUCUAGUACAACAAGCUCGAAGACAUCAAGAUAUGAGGAGUUAGCAAUUCCUAAAUCCAGAAUUGAUACGACUAGCAACUUUGAUGCUUUUAAGGUAAAACGUGGUGCACUAUCUUACAAAAUAACAGAUUCUCUAAAUAAGUUAGCACGGCCAAAAUAUUGCACAAGUACAACUGGUUCAAUGGAAAUUAAUGAAACAAAAGAAAAGUCGCCAUCGAAAGGGACGCGCAUCAAUAAGACAAGUGUCUUAAAUAAUAGAGGUUCUGUAAGUUUUGUUAAUACUAUAAAAGAGAUGCAGGACCCUGGAAAGAAAAAAGGUCUGGAAACAUAUGCAAGGAUUGCGGCAACUAACGAUAGACGUUGUUCAAAGCAUUUAAAAAAUCUUGCAAAACCAAAAAGAAGUUUUUCUAUGCGAAACCCGUCAGAAACACGAUUUUAGAUUACAUUAAUAUUUAUAUAAUAGAUAGACUGGUACCAAUGAAGAAAAUAAUAUAUACUAUGAAAUUUUGAAUUUAUGAAUAUCUAUAGAUUUAAAUUGUGUUUUGAUUGGGUACUGUUUCACUGCGCUAGUGAGUUUGGGUUUGAAGUGGAUUUGGGUUUACUAAAACUUUGGUAAUGUUAUAGUCAAUUUUCACUGAUAGUUUUAUUUUAAUGGAAUCGUCGUUAAAUCAGAGUAAAUUUCCACAGAAAAGUC